AGAGCAACGGAAGAAGUACUCCAAUGUUAUCAUGCAGGAGACGUCUCAGUACCAUGUGGAGCACCUGUCUACCUUCAUCAUGGACAAGACCGAGUCCAUCGCUACAGUGGACGAUGCCAUUAAGAAGAUGGUGCUGCUGGACUCUAAAGACAAGAUCUGGACCCAGGAGAUGUUGCUUCAGGUCAGCGAUAAGGCUGUGCGGCUACUGGACGUUGACACACAGGAAGAGUUGGAGAACUUCCCUCUGCCUACGAUCCACCACUGCCAGACAGUGUUGAAUCAGACCAGGUAUCCAUCUGUCCUACUGCUGGUGUGUCAAGACAAGGAGCAGCACAGACCUGACAUACACUUCUUCCACUGUGACGAGGUUGAGGCAGAGAUGGUCCAUGCAGACAUCGACAGUGCUCUGGGUGACAACAAACAUGGGAAGAAGAUGCGACCACAGACCUUGAAGGUGAACCAGGAGAAGAUUAAGCGCCACAGAGAGUCCAUCAUCCCCCCCUCCUCGGCCCCCAAGGGCCCACCUCCAGGAGGCCGCGUGGCUGCCAUGAACAUGCAGGAUGUGGAAAGGCGAGGAUCUGCACAGCAGGACCCAGAGUCCCAUGAGAAGCUGGCCCAGCGUAUUGAGAAGGACGUGCAAAUCCUGAACUGUGCCCUGGAUGACAUUGAGAUCUUUGUGGCUCGGCUGCAGAAGGCUGCGGAGGCGUUCUCUCAGCUCAACCAGCGCAACAAGAGUAAGAAGAUUAAGAAGAAAGGACCAGCAGAGGGCAUGCUGACCCUGAGAGCGAAGCCCCCCUCCGAGGCAGAGUUCAUUGAUAGCCUACAGAAACUGAAGUUAGCCUUCAACCUACUGGCCAAACUGAAGAAGCACAUCCAGAACCCCAGCGCUUCUGAACUGGUGCACUUCCUCUUUGGCCCCCUGGAGUUGGUGCUCCAGUCCUGUGGCAGUCCAGAGCUGCCCCGCUCCGUGGUCUCCCCUCACCUGUCCAGAGAUGCAGUAGACUUCCUGAGAGGUCACCUGUCGCCUAAAGAGAUGACCAUCUUUGAACUUCUGGGAGACGGGUGGACACGACCCAGAGCGGACUGGCCGCAGGACCAGUGUGCUCCACCUUACUUCCCUACAUUCAGGAACGGGUGGGAGCCCCCAGCUGAGCUGUUCAGGACCUCCCCGUGGGAGGCAGAGGGAUCAGGGGAACCUCUCCUGUCCCCCAUAUCCAACCUCAUGUCCCCCUACAACUCAGACGAGAUUUCUGGAACCCAGUCUUUAAGCUCAUCAAAUGGGUCCUACAAUGUGCUGACCUCCUCGUCCCGUAAAUAUGCCAAGAUCCGCUACCACUUUGUGGCCCGCAACGCCAACGAACUGUCAGUACUGCAGGAGGAGGUGCUAGAGGUGUUAGAGGACAAUAAACAGUGGUGGAAGCUGAGGAACAGGAGUGGCCAGUCAGGAUACGUCCCCUACAACAUCCUGGACGUGGUCAAACUGGAAGAACCACAUGGCAUGGCUGAACCACUCUAUAGCCAGCUCUACAGCCCUACCUCUCCCUCCAGCCCUCUAGGUAGAGGGGAGAGCUUUGACAUGGGCCGCUUCAAAGAAUCUCGGACACACCAGAUGGAUGAGGUGAAUGAUGAGUUGUUGAAGAGGAUCACUAGUAAUAAGUCUCAGACUCCAGCCCGUAACUUCAGGGUGGAGCGCCCCUCGGGCAGCAGCAGCACUGCUCCUCUCACCUUAGACUCCAGCCCACUGCAGGUCACCGCCUGGCUCAAUGCCAGGGGAUUCUCUAAACCGACAGUGGAGUGCCUGGGCAACCUGACCGGUGCUCAGCUCUUCUCUCUGAACAAGGAGGAACUGAAGGCAGUGUGUGGAGACGAGGGCUCCAGGGUCUACAGCCAGACCACCGUGCAGAAAUCCCAGCUGGAGAAGAGCAGUGGGGAUUCAGAGCUCCAGGAGAUCAUGAGACGACGACAAGAGAAGAUCGAUGCCGGGAAAGACUGAUCUGGGCAUGCUUACUGUCAACCAAUCACAGCUCAGCAUGGCUGGUCACCAUAACAACCCUCUCUAGGACCAACCAACCAGAAGCCUUCCCCUCCUACAGUGCCCACCCUUUCACCAACCAACUGAUUUUUAUCAGACAAUCAACAGUUCAUAUUGGUAUUUACUAUAAAUGUUAAAUACAUUUUUUUAAAUAUAUAUAUAUUUUAUUGUUAGUGAAUGUGUAGGUUUACCUUUUUUCUUCAAUGAUGUUCUCUGGUAAUAAUGACUUUUGCUUUUUGAUGCUUUGCCAGACAAUGUUUCUAACUUUGUAUAGUGGUGAGAGAUCAUAUUAAUUUACAGGUAUAGUGGUGACAGCGAAUGGUUUGUGCAUCUGUGUGUGCGUGAGUGACUGAUGGCUGUAUGAGACUGAUGGCUGUAUGUGACUGAUGGCUGUAUGUGACUGAUGGCUGUAUGUGACUGAUGGCUGUAUGAGAAUGAUGGCUGUAUGUGACUGAUGGCUGUAUGUGACUGAUGGCUGUAUGAGAAUGAUGGCUGUAUGAGACUGAUGGCUGUAUGAGACUGAUGGCUGUAUGAGACUGAUGGCUGUAUGUGUGUCCUUGUUUUAUUUCCAGGGAUUUCUUGAAGAAAUGUUUUAGUGAAAUCAAAUCCAUAAGGUCCUCAAUGUAUAUUGUCAAAUUGGUUGUUAUUGUUCACAUAUCUGAUUAUACUACAGUGUAUUAUAAUGCUACAUACUGUUUACUACAUAAUGCUACAUUGUAGUUUUGAGCAGUCUGCAAUCCAUUCUCAUAUCCAGUCACACUGUCCAUACUGCAUUAUAUCCUCUAACUAUUGCCUCCAUGUGCCACAGUCUAUAUGAAGUAUGCUUUAUAUUGACAAAUUCUUCCAAUCAUAUUUCUGUUCUGUGUUUAUUCCUCCAAUAAUAAACCCAAAAUUCAAUCUGA